AUGUUUCGCAAAUUUUCAAUAUCUUCUAAGAAGCGCUCGUCGGAAUCUGCAGUGCAAACACCACCUGUCGCAGCCCAGCCCUCGCGGUCCUCAGCGCCUAUACCAACAUACUCGCCGCGGUUCUCGGCGCAGACUACUGGCUCGUCAAUUCAGGCAGCAAGGAUGUCUGAUCAAGCGCCUGUGAGCUAUUCGCAGUCUCAACGAUCGCGUCUCUCUGAGCAGGCUCGCGGGCACUUCAUCACUCAAUCACUACGAUCUUCCGAUCAACGCCCAUGUAUCUCUGGACCGAUAACUGAUUAUCAUACCCAGUCUCCAGGAUGCUACGCCCACUCCCCGCAGUCAUCUGAUCAACGUCCACGUAACUCUGACCAGACUUCUGGAUACUUCACCCAGUCUCCUCAUUCAUCGGUACAAGGACCCCGCAUAUCCGAUCAGGCCCCAAGAUACUACACCAACUCCCCACGCUCAUCAUGUCAAACCCCCCGCUCCUCGGCCUCAGCACCUUACACAUAUUCGCCACAUCCCCUCAGCCCGCCUCCACCAAACAUCCCCUACGACACCGCCGCCUGGGCCGUACACGACAUCCGACUAUCCUCGCUCCUCACAAAAGCUACCAACCUCGACAACCUCGCCUCCACCGCUGAGCUCCGCUGGAAAGCCGCCGAAGCACUCCUCCCACCCUCGCGCCAACACGAAGUCGGUGUUUUCGCCAAGAUACCCGUACUGCGCGAUGUACACGUCGUACUAAGACAAGUGAGGAAGCUGGGUAGGACGGAGAAGAAGUGGAGGAUGCAGUGGAUGCCGAGGAGUCCGAGGCUGAAGUAUUCGGCUUGGGGGAGCUGUUAUGCCGAGGCUGUGGAGGUGUAUGAAGGAGAGGGUGUAAGCCCGGAGUUUGCGGUGGGGAUGCUGUAUGAGAGGUUGAAAGCGUUGACUGGGGUUGUGAGGGGCUGGAUUGAGGAGGAUAUUUGGGGGAGGGAGUGGUGGGAUGACGGGGAAGUUGAGAGUAAGAGUGGAAGCUGA